AUGACGUCUUGGAGAGCAAGAAGAAUCCUGGGCUUGAUUACACCAACUGAAAUUCAGUCUAAGAAUGAAGAAUUUGAGCGCGUUGAACGAAAGAAUGAAGAAACCAUGACAAAAGAAGUUGAAAAUAACCAAGAAAAUAUGUCACCACCAGAACCUAACAUUCAUGAAGUACAAAAAUUGGCAUCGACACAGGGUGAAAACGAUCAUACUCAGCUUAGUGAUCUCGCCUCUAAAAAUUUAUCACCCUUGGAAAAUCCAAACAAGCGAUCAUCAUCCUCCAGUUCAUCGUCUUCCAGAUCAUCGUCCACGAGUGCUGCUUCGAAUUGUUCAAGCUCAUCUUCAUCAAGCUCUUCGGACUCGAAUAGUUUGUUAAGACCUAAACACGAUACUGGUCUUCAAAAAGAUGCUUCAAAAUGUGAGGAAAAACAGUCAUCACUUCCCAGUUCACCAAACGAAACAGUACCUGAAGGCUAUCUAAGAGAGACCAGAAUACAGAAAAAAAUCAUCGUAGAGGCCGCAAGCGUACACGAAAUAUUAAUAAAUGGCAACAACAAAGAUCAAAACGACUAA